AUGUCCAACGCGACCGUCACGCCUUCAAUGCGUGCUGUUGCUUGGAAUGUCCACUUUACUAUCGGCCAAGAUGAGGACCCCGGCGCCUUUGCCGGAAUCUACCAAGUUCCGGGGAGCGAUUUGGUGACCUUUCGCAACGUUUGCGACGAGCUACGGCUUUGCUUCGAAUGCCCAUAUGACACUUCGGAUAACGAGAACGAGGAACCCUGGACUAGCAUUGCCUUUUCAUUGAACCAAGACUCCCCGAGUUCAUUAGAUCCCGACUUGUCUUUCGUUACAGAGGCAAAAUUGGACCGAGGUGUACCAAGUCUAGCACCUUUGCGACCUAAAGAACAAAACGUCUUAACCUAUCAUAUAUACUAUCAUAAGAACUGCACUCUACCUCCUGGUUCACAACUCGAGUCUCACAUCCAAGCGCAAUGCGCCAGACAUCUCUCGAGUCCUAGUCGUCGUCAUGACCAACGAUACCUGCCGCCGAAUAAAACACCUUCCGAUCCCAAACUCGCAGUCAUGCCCCUGCGGAAAAAGCUCAAAGCUCGCUCCGUGUCUCCGAGCAAGCGAUCAGCAUCGGGGUCUACUUCACCCACGAAAGAAGUCGAUGACGAGUUCGAGAAUGUAGUUGCACCUGCGAGCAUGAAAAUCGACCUUGAUGAGGCUAGAAAAGUCACCAACGAAUUCAGAUCCUCGUGCCUCAAUAGAGCAACGUCAUGUGCUGUGUCGGGUGAAGGAGAGUCAUGGUGUCCAGGUCCUCCCAUCGGUCCCGGCAUUCAGGCUUGCCAUAUCAUCCCCCAGCACCAUUACCAUGUAUAUCCCGUCGCCGGCGGCGAUGCAGACGACGAUGUGCCUCUUGAAUCGAGUCUUCGCAGGCUGAAAGAAGCAUGGCAAAGCACAUGGAGCCCCAGGAACGGCAUCCUCCUUAUGAAGCACCUUCAUGAUUUUUUCGACGCACGACUCUUCUCUAUCCAUCCUCGCACACUCCGUAUCCGAGUUUUUGUGCCAUAUAAUGCUCUGACGAGAUUCAACGGCCAAAGAGCUUCAGUACCUAAUACCAUUGAUCGAAAGGCCCUACGCCACCACUACGAAAUGUCAUGCAUUGAAAAUAUGGCCGCUGAACGACCGAUCCUCGAUGUAAUCUCGCCUACUGCAAGUAGGAUGACUUCAGGCAUGGCGACGCCGCUUACCACGAAAACCGACUUGCCUGCAACACCGACCUCGGAAGACCUAAGCAAUGGAAGGGCAGGCGACCCGACUAAGAGAUCAAGACCGAACUAUCCCGAUCAGAACCAACAAAGAGAGGGUUCGACGACCGGUGACUUGCUACAUACACUUCAUUUAGUGGAUUUGGUGGAUGGGCGAGGGCAGAAACGGAGGGGCUCGCAUGAUGACAGCACUUGUUCGCUGGAUGAGUGGCCAGAGCAGUAUGCGGCGGAUCAUUUCAUUACGUCCAAUAAUAGUAGGGAGUUUCUGAAGGACGUGGACUGGGAACUACGGAAGGUCAAGAAGAGACGCCAACUCAUGAAUUAA